AUGAAUCAGCGUGAGGACCGAGAAGAGGGACUCCCUCCCUCUAAAAGCUCUCUGUGUGGGGAACAUGACAACCAGACCAAAGCCCAGAGGAUCUAUCAGCAAAGAUCAAAUUCUCCUGAACCCAGCUGUGUGUCCAUGAAGAGUGACCAGUCCAUGUAUCACCCUCUUAGUUUCAAAUAUGAACACCCCUCAACUGAUCAAUGGAUCCAUCAAAACAGACCAGACUACUCUGAACUCAGCUGUGUGUCUGUGAAGAGUAAGAGGUCUAUGGAUGUAUCUGUUAAAUUCAAACAUAGACAGCAGUCUACUGAUCAGGGAGUUUAUCAGCAGAGCUCAGAAGUUCUCAGUGGUCAGUCUGUUCAGCAGCAUCAAACACACCUGGACUUCAUAUUUAUGCUGUUGGAGGAGAACAUCGUCUGGUUUGUGAAAUAUGAACUUGAUAAGAUCAAGAUGGUUCUGGGUCUGGGUUACCCAGAAUACUUGGAGAGACAGGCCGAGGAUGAUGAGGUGUUGGAUGGUGAGGAGCAAGAGCAGAGGAGGAGCAGCAGAGAGGCUUUUCUGAAGAUCACACUGCAUUUCCUGAAGAGAAUGAAGCAGGAGGAGCUGGCUCACUGUCUACAGAGCAGAACUUGUGCUGUACAGUGUCGAUAUAAACUCAAGUCUAAACUGCAGAAGAAGUGCCACAGUGUGUUUCAGGGGAUUGGUAAAAGAGGAAAUCCAACCCCUCUGAAUCAGUUCACAGAGCUCUAUAUCACAGAGGGGGGGACUGCAGGGGUCAAUGAUGAACAUGAGGUCAGACAGAUUGAAACAGCAUCCAGGAAACCAGACAGACCAGAAACAAUAAUCGGACAAGAAGACAUCUUUAAAGCCUUAGUCGGAAGAGAUGAACCAAUCAGAACAGUGAUGACUAAGGGAGUGGCUGGCAUUGGGAAAACCAUCUUAACACAGAGGUUCACUCUGGACUGGGCUGAAGACAAAGCCAACCAGGACAUAGAGUUCACAUUUCCUAUCGCUUUUAGAGAGCUUAAUGUGUUGAAAGAGAAAAGGUACAGCUUGGUGGGACUUGUUCAUCACUUCUUUACCGAAACAAAAGAAGCAGGAAUCUGCAGGUUUGAAAAGUUCCAGGUUGUGUUCAUCUUUGACGGUCUGGAUGAGUGUCGACUCCCUCUGGACUUCAACAACAAUGAGAUCCUGACUGAUGUCACAGAGUCCACCUCGGUGGAUGUGCUGCUGACAAACCUCAUCAGGGGGAAACUGCUUCCAUCUGCUCGCCUCUGGAUAACCACACGACCCGCAGCAGCCAGUCAGAUCCCUACUGAGUGUGUCAGCAUGGUGACAGAGGUCAGAGGGUUCACUGACCCACAGAAAGAGGAGUACUUCAGGAAGAGAUUCAGAGAUGAAGAGCAGGCCAGCAACAUCAUCUCCCACAUCAAGACAUCACGAAGCCUCCACAUCAUGUGCCACAUCCCAGUCUUCUGCUGGAUCACUGCUACAGUUUUGGAGGAUGUGUUGACAGGGAGAAAGGAAGGAAAGCUGCCCAAGACUCUGACUGACAUGUACAUCCACUUCCUGGUGGUUCAGUCCAAAGUGAAGAACAUCAAGUAUGAUGGGGGAGCUGAGACAGAUCCACACUGGAGUCCAGAGAGCAGGAAGAUGAUUCUGUCUCUUGCAAAACUGGCUUUUGAGCAGCUGCAGAAAGGCAACCUGAUCUUCUAUGAAUCAGACCUGACAGAGUGUGGCAUCGAUUUCAGAGCAGCCUCAGUGUGCUCAGGAGUGUUCACACAGAUCUUUAAAGAGGAGAGAGGGGUGUACCAGGACACGGUGUUCUGCUUUGUCCAUCUGAGUGUUCAAGAGUUUCUGGCUGCUCUUCAUGCCCAUUUAACAUUCAUCAACUCUGGAGUCAAUCUUCUGGGAAAAAAACAGACAACAUCUUGGUGGUCUAAAGUGUUCACAAGCAAAUCAAGAUGUUUCUACCAGUGUGCUGUGGACGAGGCCUUAAAGAGUCCAAAUGGACACCUGGACAUGUUCCUCCGCUUCUUCCUGGGUCUUUCAAUGCAGACCAAUCAGACUCUCCUACGGGGCCUGCUGACACAGACAGGAAAAAGCUCACAGACCAAUCAGGAAACAGGAAACUACAUUAAGAAGAGGAUCAGUAAGGAUCUGUCUGCAGAGAGAAGCAUCAACUUGUUCCACUGUCUGAAUGAACUGGAUGAAAGUUCCUUAGUGGAGGAGAUCCAACAGUCCCUGGGAUCAAGAAGACUCUCCCCAGACAAACUGUCUUCUGCUCAAUGGUCAGCUCUGGUCUUCAUCUUACUGUCAUCAGAAAAAGACCUGGAUGUGUUUGAUUUGAAGAAAUACUCUGCUUCAGAGGAGGCUCUUCUGAGGCUGCUGCCAGUGGUCAAAGCUUCAAGUAAAGCUCUGUUGUCUGACUGCAACCUCUCAGAGAGAAGCUGUGCUGCUCUUUCUUCAGUUCUCAGCUCCCAGUCUUCUAGUCUGAGAGAUCUGGACCUGAGUAGUAACAACCUGAAGGAUUCAGGUGUGAAGCUUCUAUCUGCGGGGCUGGAGAGUUCAUAUUGUACACUGGAAACUCUCAGUCUGUCAGGUUGUCUGAUCACAGAGGAAGGCUGUGCUUCUCUGGCCUCAGCUCUGAGCUCCAAUCCCUCCCAUCUGAAAGUGCUGGAUCUGAGCUACAAUCAUCCAGGAGACUCAGGAGAGAAACUGCUGUCAGCUGGACUGGGUAAUCCACAAUGGAGACUGGACACUCUCAGGGUGGACCAUGGUGGAGAGCACAGGUUAAAAUCUGAUGUGAGGAAGUAUGUCUGUGAACUCACAGUGGACACAAACACAGUAAACAGAGACCUCGAAUUGUCUGACAACAACAUGAAGGUGACACAUCUGGGAGAGGAUCAGUCAUAUCCUGAUCAUCCAGACAGAUUUGACUACUGGGCUCAGCUGCUGUGUAGCAAUGAUCUGACUGGUCGCUGUUAUUGGGAGCUCGAGUGGAGAGGAGGAGUGUCGAUAUCAGUGACUUACAGUGGAAUCAGAAGGAGAGGGUACAGUGUCGACUGUGCAUUUGGAAAAAAUGAUCAGUCCUGGAGUCUGUUCUGCUCUGAUGAUGGUUACUCUGUCUGGCACAAUAGGAAGGAAACAUCCAUUCCCUCCUCUGUCUCUAACAGAGUAGGAGUUUAUGUGGACACUUCUGCUGGCACUCUGUCCUUCUAUAGAGUCUCCUCUAACGCACUGAUCCACAUCCACACCUUCAACACCACGUUCACUCAACCUCUGUAUCCUGGGUUUCGGCUCUGGUCUGGUUCUUCAGUGUCUCUGUGUCCUCUGUCUAUAGGAGAGUCUCCUCCCCCGUGUAGACAGACAGACACCCUGCUUACUGAAGACAACUGCUGA